AUGUGGCUUUGGCCCGGUUGCUCUAGUCUCACGGGUCUUGGAGAAAACGGAGCCUUUGUAUGGAGGGCUGGUACCUGGCAACCUGCCGAGAACCCUUGGUCCUGGAAUCGCUUGACCAACCUCGUCUAUGUCGACCAGCCCGUUUCUGUAGGGUUCUCCGAGGGCAAUGUCACGGGUGCGGGAUCUGCAGCGACAGCUCAGCAGUUUCUUGGGUUCUGGAAGAACUUCGUUGAUACAUUUGGCCUGUCCGGGGCAAAGACCUAUAUUACCGGUGUCAGCUAUGCCGGCCAAUAUGUGCCCUACAUUGCGAGUGCGAUGCUUGACCGGGAAGACACUUCGUGCUUCAAUCUGCAAGGCUCGAUGAUUUACGACCCAGCGAUCAACGAGGACGUUCCUCUCGUCGAGGUCCCCAUGUUGGCAUUCACAGAGUACUGGCAGAACCUUCUCAAACCGAACUCCACGUUUCUGGACUACAUGCGCGGCCAACACGCAGAGGCAGGCUACACCUCCUUCUACGAGGAACAUUUCACCUUUCCUCCGAAGGGCGUAUUCCCCAGCGCGAACAACUCAGCAGACUUCUCAUCUCGAAUCCGAGGCCUCAUCGAGGACGUGAUGACCCUACAAGAGCCAUGUUUCAACGUCUAUCACACCACAGACACCUGUCCCACCCUCUGGACCUGGAAUGCCGAGGAUGCAUUCCCCUUGCCCCCGUUCACGCAGGCGGGGAUCCAAGACCCGCAGCUCAACCCGGGCGACCAAGGUCCUCACUAUAACCUGACCGUCGUGCGAGACGCCAUCCACGCACCUGUGGGACGCGAGUGGGAGGCCUGCGGCCCGAACCCAGUGUUUACGAACCCCUCCAACGCGACUUCUGGAGAUGGAUCGCCACGGUCACAGCUCACCGUCAUGCCAGGCGUCUUUGACCGGACACCAGGUAUGAGCAUAGUCGCGAACGGGCAAUUCGACAUGCCCAUUCCCUCCAACGGCACACUGUUCUCCAUGCAGAACGUGACGUGGCGUGGCGCCCAGGGCUUCAGCGGGUACCCGCCCAACACCUUGCAGAUCCCGCACUCGGGCAUCAAUGCCAGCGACGAGAACGGGCCUUGGAGUAGCUUCGCGAAGAUUGAGGGUGCGGGCAGGAGCGGGGAGAUGGGCAAGUGGGUGUUUGAGAGGGGUGUUGGCUUUGUGGAUGUCGCCUAUGCAGGGCAUGGUGUUGGACGAUACAACGCGGCGGCCAUGUUUAGGAUCAUCGAGGUACUGCUGGGGCGCGUAGGAGUUGAAGAGGGCUUCGGAGGGCCUGCGUGGAGUGUUGGUAUAGCUGCGCCAGGUUUCGCUGUGGCGGCCCUAGAGCCACCAUCUCAGCAGCCGCUGGGUCAUGUCGACAAUGAAGCAUUCACGGGCGGGCUGCCAUUCUCGACAUCGGCGCUUGAGGAAUACAUCGAGGGAGCCAUGGAGAAAUGGCACGCGCCCGGCAUGGCGGUCGCCAUCAUCGACGGCAAUGAGACUUGGGCCAAAGGAUUCGGCUUCGCCUCACUCCCCUCAACACCAGUGACGCCGCACACGCUCUUCUGGGCAGGCAGCACCACCAAGUCCUUCGUGGCAGCCGCCCUGUCGCUGCUGGUCGACAACGCGUCCGACUACUCGUCGGUCGGGUGGGCGACGCCCAUGUCGCGGCUGCUGCGCGACGACUUUGUGCUGAGCGACGACUGGGCCACGGCGCACGUCACGGUCGAGGACUGCCUGAGCCACCGCACGGGGUACCCGCGGCACGACUACGCCGUCGCCGAGGACACGCGCGGCUGGGUGCGCAGCCUGCGCCACCUCCCCAUGUCCGCCGAGCCGCGGGCCACCUUCCAGUACAACAACAUGAUGUGGGCCGCUGCCGGGUACCUCGUCUCGACGCUGUCCGGCUCUGGCCUGGGGGAGUUCCUCCGCGAGUACCUGUGGGGCCCGAUGGGCAUGGAGGAGACCUUCCUCGGGGACUGGGACUCUCUUUUUGGGUCUCGCGGCCCUCAGCUUGCUGACGGCUACUUGUGGAUUAAUAGCACCGGUAGGUACGUCAAGCAGUCGCAGGAGGUAACUAGCCGUUGGCUACGCGUCGCUGAGGGUGCCGGUGGUGUUGUCUCGAACGUGCUCGACUACACCAGGUACCUCCGCGUGAUGAUGACCGAGGCCGGUCCGAUCUCCAAGGAGGGCCAUCGAGAGCUCAAGAAGCCGAGGACGUUCCAUAAUCUCCACGAAGGCCUGUUCGUGGGACCAGAGACAUAUGGGCUAGGUUGGAUGUCUGCGGUGUUCGAGGGCCAUCAGAUAUUCUAUCACACCGGCACCGUGGUCCCUUUUGUGACAUUCAUGGUCAUGGUACCGUCCAAGAGCUAUGGGAUAGUCGUGAUGGCCAACGGGUACUCUCACGUGAGAGAGCUCGUUACGUAUCGCGUUCUUUAUGACCUCUUUGGCGUGGAGGAGAGCAGGCGACGGGACUGGGAAUCUCAUUUUGAAGAAGAGGACGCACUCGACGCACACAAUCUCGCGACGUGCUCCGACCGAAUCUACCCCGACCUUCCCAAUCCACCACUACCAGCAUCUGUUCCCUUAGCGAACCACACCGGCCAAUUCCGCCACGUGGCAUACGGCGACAUGUUCGUUAGCCUGGAAUGCAAUGACACUGCCCCCUCAACCGCGUCCCCGGCAGGUGCAGAGGCUGGGCCUUGCAGACUGCGGAUGUCGAGGGACCACCCGGAGCGCGUCGCCGGGUAUCUGGAGCACAAGACGGGCGAUUUCUGGCUUACCUUUGGGUUCGACAAGGAUGUGCCUGAAGUGAUUCAAGCCUGUUUACGGGUCCAGUUCCAGGUGGACUCGAGUGGUAUUGUAAUGCAUGUAGGGGUCGACAUGCGCUUGGAGGGAGAGGAUGGCCCCUUGGUUUGGUUUGAGAGGGUUCGAUAA